UUUGGAGCUGUGCUCUUGCAAAAGGCGGCUCUCAUCAUGCCAAACCAACAGAAGAAGAUCAUUUUUUGUACAGCCGGGGUGUUAAGCUUUGUGUGUGCCCUUGGAGUUGUGACAGCCCUGGGGACCCCAGUGUGGAUCAAAGCCACCGUCCUCUGCAAGACAGGGGCUCUGCUGGUCAAUGCCUCUGGGAAGGAGCUGGACAAGUUCAUGGGUGAGAUGCAGUAUGGGCUUUUCCACGGAGAGGGAGUGAGGCAGUGCGGAUUAGGAGCCAGGCCCUUUCGAUUUUCAUUUUUCCCAGAUUUGCUCCAAGCAAUCCCAGUGAGCAUCCACGUCAAUGUCAUUCUCUUCUCCACAAUCCUUAUCAUUUUAACCAUGGUGGGGACCGCCUUCUUCAUGUACAAUGCUUUUGGAAAACCCUUUGAAACUCUACAUGGUCCACUAGGACUAUAUCUUUUGACUUUCAUUUCAGGCUCCUGUGGCUGUCUUGUCAUGGUAUUAUUUGCCUCUGAAGUGAAAAUCCACCACCUCUCAGAAAAAAUUGCAAAUUAUAAAGAAGGGACUUACGCCUACAAAACACAAAGUGAAAAAUAUACCACCUCAUUCUGGGUCAUUUUCAUUUGCUUUUUUGUGCAUUUUCUGAAUGGGCUCCUCAUACGACUUGCUGGGUUUCAGUUCCCUUUUGCAAAUUCUAAAGACACAGAGACAACCAAUGUGGCUGCAGAUCUCAUGUACUGAAAGACAUUUCUGUGAUUGCCACAGCAAAGGUAUAAAUUUGCUUUGGUCACUUUUACAGGUGAUUGCUGGUGUCCAUGCUUUUGGUCUUCACACAUU